AUGCGAGGUACUAUUGAUCAAAACUCUCUGUUGUUUGAUCCAGAAUUAGAAAGGACAAUCAGAAGAAACAAGAGGGAAGCCAGGAGAAGGAAGUUACAAGAAAGGGGUGAACCAAGUGGUGAACCAAGUACUACAGUACAAGAAGAAGAGAUCACGGCAGAAAAUCAUGUGCAACCACCACAUAGGACACUAGGAGAUUACAUGGCUCCUGCUGUCAUUCCACCCAUUGGAAGUGUGGUUCGACCUACAGUAAGGCCCAAUAAUUUUGAAUUGAAGCCUGCAUUAGUACAAUUGGUGCAGAAAGAACAGUUUGCUGGAACAAGUGUAGAGGAUCCAUACCUGCAUAUUGAGAAUUUUUUGCUGUUGAGUGACACUGUGAAAAUCAAUGGAGUGACCAGAGAUGCCAUUCUGUUGAGGCUCUUUACUCAUUCACUGAAGGAUGAUGCCAGGAGAUGGCUACAGGCAAAGUUGAAGGAUGAGAUCACAGGAUUCAAGCAAAAGGAGUCAGAGUCUAUCUAUGAGGCCUGGGAGAGGUUCAAGACACUCUUGAGGAAAUGUCCACAACAUGGAAUAGAAGUGUGGAAUCAAGCAGCAAUAUUCCUCCAAGGGUUGACAACCAACACCAGGACAUUGGUGAAUGCCACAGCAGGUGGUUCAUUGACAACCAAGACCCCUCAGGAAGCCCUUGACAUCUUUGAGUCUCUAGCAUCUCAGGAGUUUGACAAUGCUCCGGUGAGUGACAGAAGGACAGGAAUUAUUAAACUUGAUGGCUAUGAUGCUUUAUUAGCCAGGAAUGACCAGUUGCAGCAACUUUCUUCUCAGAAGGUUGCUUCUGUGGACACUAAUUCUGUGUGUGCCAUUUGUGGGAAAAGCCAUGUUACUGAUGAUUGUGACUAUGGAGGGUAUGCUGAACAAGCAGAAGUAAAUGGAGUAUGUUAUGACCACAACAACCAGAGGAACCUUAACAACCAGGGGCGAAAUGUCUAUGUGCCACCAUGGAAGAACAAGAAUCAACACCCAGGGUUCAGUUACAGUUCCAACCAUCAGUUGAAUCCUCCACUACAUCCUCCACCACCACAUUCAUCACAGCAAGGUGAUGCUUCUGCAUGGGAGAAAGCUUUUGCCCAGUUAUCAAAGACUACUCAAGAUUACAUUCAGGGGUCAAAUUCUUUCAGGGAAGAAACUUCUGCUUUCAUGCAAGAGACCAAGACUGCAUUCAGAAACCAGGAAGAAUUAAUACUGAAUUUGGAAACACAGAUUGGUCAGUUGUCUAGACAGAUAGCUGAGAGGCCACAGGGAAAGUUCCCUGGUGAUACUAUGGUGAAUCCAAAGAAGCACUGCAAGUCCAUUAUUACAAGAAGUGGGCUUGUGCUACAACCGGUGGACAAGAAAGUGGAUGAGAAGAAAGUGGGAGAAAAGAAAAGUAAGGAGGAAGUUGUUGUUGAGGAUGUUGUGGUUGAAAAUGAUAAGAAAAAAAAGUUGAGGAAAAGAAGAAAGAAGAAGAGGUAG